UUUUAUUUUUUCCAAACUUUACUUAUAGUCCUAUAAGCUUCCAAUAAUUGUUGUCAAUCUUCUCAUGGCUUCUCACUCCGCCAAACCUCCGCCGGCCACAUCAUUGUUGCCGGCGGAUCUCGGCCCUCCAAAGAAACCAAAACGGAACAAAUACGCCCUGGCCUGCUCUCUCUUAGCUUCCAUGACUUCUAUUUUACUUGGCUAUGAUACGGGAGUGAUGAGUGGCGCGUCGAUUUACAUCAAGCAAGAUCUCGGAAUCUCCGACGUCCAAGUCGAGUUCCUGAUCGGAACAAUCAACAUAUACUCGCUCGUCGGCUCCGCCGUGGCGGGGAGGACGUCGGACUUGAUAGGCCGCCGGUACACCAUCGUGGUGGCGGGGUGCGUGUUCUUCGUCGGAGCGGUGUUGAUGGGCUUCGCCACCAACUACGCUUUCCUCAUGGUGGGCCGCUUCGUGGCCGGAAUCGGCGUCGGCUACGCCCUGAUGAUUGCUCCGGUGUACUCCGCCGAGGUGGCGCCGGAAUCUAUCCGUGGCUUCCUCACUUCUUUCCCGGAAGUGUUUAUCAACUUUGGUGUUUUACUUGGAUUCGUUGCAAAUUAUUCAUUUGCGAAGCUUCCAUUGAAUCUGGGAUGGCGAUUAAUGAUGGGAAUCGGGGUGAUUCCGUCGGCCAUAUUGGCCCUCGGCGUCCUCGCCAUGCCGGAGUCACCUCGUUGGCUGGUGAUGCAGGGAAAACUCGGCGAGGCGAAGAAGGUUCUGGACAAAACUUCGGAUUCCAUGGAAGAAUCGCGGCGGAGGCUAGCAGACAUCAAAGAAGCGGCGGGGAUACCGGAGGACUACGAGGAUGACGUCAUAGAAGUCAAGAAGGAAUCCGGCGGCGGCAAGGGCGUGUGGAGGGAGCUGUUCCUCCGGCCGACGCCCAAGGUCCGCCACAUUCUGUUGACCGGCGUCGGCAUCCAUUUGUUUCAGCAGCUGAGCGCCAUCGACGCGGUGGUUAUGUACAGUCCCAGAAUAUUCCAGAAGGCCGGCAUAGAAACCGACAGGGAUAAGCUGCUCGCCAGCAUGGGCGUCGGAUUCUCCAAGACCAUCUUCUGUUUAGUCGCCACUUUUCUUCUCGACAGAGUCGGGCGGCGCGUGUUGCUUCUCACCAGCGUUGGCGGACUCAUAGCAUCGAUGUUGGGGCUGGCGACGGGGCUGACAAUAAUCGACCACACAGCGGAGAAGCUGCCGUGGGCGAUCGCGUGGUGCAUUAUCAUGUCGUUACUGUGCGUAGCCUUCUUCUCCAUCGGAUUGGGGCCAAUCCCGUGGGUGUACUGCUCGGAGGUUUUCCCGCUGCGGCUGCGGGCGCAGGGCUGCGCGAUCGGGGUGGCGGUGAAUCGUGCGGUGAGCGGGAGCUUGUUAAUGUCGUUUAUAUCGCUGUAUAAAGCCAUUACGAUCGGCGGGGCUUUCUUCAUGUACUCUGGGGUUUCAGUCAUCGCUUGGGUUUUCUUCUUCACCUUGAUGCCGGAAACGCAGGGGAGAACGCUGGAAGAGACGGAGUCUCUGUUCGGAACUUUUUUCCGGUGGAGGUCAACGAUGAAGGAGUUAGACGGGAAGAAGAAGGCUGCGGAAAAUAAUGGGCAACCUUGAAUGUUCUAAACUUGCAAAUGAUUAUCCAAAACAUUUUCUAUUUUAUAUAAGUUAUAUUUCUGGUUAGUUGGUGUGAGAGUUACACGUAAUGUUGAUAAAUUGAUGAUAAAUAUUAAUCUUUUCAUCAAAUAGAUAUUUCAAUAACCACUAUAAA